AUGGAGAGUGAUGGCGACAGCGCUACUGAUCGAGAAGAUAGCUUAACACGAGUACCGGCUAAGAGAAAGCGUUAUAAGCAGAAGUUUCGGGAAGAAUGGUUGCUGAAUAAAGAAUAUAGUGACUGGCUAAGAAAGGAUAAUAGGGACUUAUCGAAGGCGGUCUGCAAUGUUUGCAAUACAUCUUUCAGUGCCGAAAUAAGUGUAAUAAAACGCCACAAAGAAGGAACUAAACACGUGAAUAAUUUAAAGAGGUGUAGUGCUUCAACGUCCAAAAAGCAACAGUCUAUAGUAAGCGUUUUUAAAUCCAUGCCAACUAAUGAAAAGCAAUUGGUAAAGACUUCAGAAAUAAAAUUAGCUGCUUUUGUUGCUGAGCAUAAGGUAUCUCAUAAUGUCAUGAAUCACUUAGCAGAUUUGUUACCAAAGUUGUUCCCAGAUUCUCAGAUAGCCAAAGAUAUUAGAUUAAAAAGAACUAAAGUUCAAGCUGUGAUAAAUAACUGUAUUGGGGAAACUGAAAAAGAAAACUUGAUCAGUGACUUGAAAUCACAAAUGUUUUCAAUUUUGAUAGACGAAAGCACAGAUAUUGCUGUAGUAAAAACAGUAGCUGUAGUGGUCAGAAAUUAUGUAAAUUCCGCUCCUAUUGAAACUAUAGAUCCAAUGACAGAAAUAAAUCACAAGGACCUAAAAGACAUAUAUCUAGGUUUAGGUGUCCAGAAAGAACUAGAUUCUGUUGAAAAUGAAGAAAGAAAGUUAACUCUCAGAAAGAUGUGUAAAAAUUUUAUUAUUAGAGCUUGUGUGGGCCUUCGUAAACGAUACUGUUUUAAUGACAAAAUUAUGACAGAAAUAGCAAAAUUUGAUCUAGAGAAAGUAAUUUCUGAUGACAGGGAAGAGUCAGUUUCGUCGUUAUUUCCAUUACUGCCCAGAAUUGCCCCAACUUCAAUCCAACAUCAACAAGAACUAGAUGAUGAGUGGCGGAAGUUGCCGUUAUACUACAAAGAUUUGGAUUUAAGUCAACCCCCCUGA